AUGUCACGCUUUCUGCGACAAUCAGGCCAGCUGACGCGGCUCUUGAGAGUCUCGCAGCAGGCCAGCCUGCAAAGAGGCGUGCGUCUGUCUUCACUUUCUCGAGCAACCGCAACCCCGAUCCUGCGCAACAGCCACGCCACCCAGCUGCGAUGCUACGCCUCGAAGCCUCCGCGACAGGACGACAACCAGAAGCCGAAAAAGGAUGCCGACGAACCAAAGGACGAAAACCUGAACGAGGAGAAAAAGCCCGACGUCCAGGAAGAGGGUGCCAAGAAGGAUGAAUCUAAGCCCUUUCCCUUGCCCGACGGCUGGAUUCACCUGAGCAAAGACGAGAUCAAGCAAAUGCAGGUCUUCUAUCAGGUCAUCCCUGAGGCUCAAAGGGCGCGACUGGACGAAAUCCUCAAGGGCAUCGCAGAAACCGGAGCCCCAGCGGAAAUAAGAGAUAUUCUCGGCAAACUGAAAAAGGGCCCCGGUAACUUGUCCAUCAUGGACAAGGGCCGCCUCAUGCGCUGCGUUUUCACCAUGGCCGAGCGACUGGCCGCAUGGGAAGUGGAUCAAGAGAAGAAGAAGAACGGCACUUUUACACAAAACAAUAUUGGCGAGGACGGCAAGGCUGACCCUAGUCAACAAGCUCGCAAGGAUCAGGGCCAGAAUCAAGGUCCAGGACGACCCGGCGAUGAAAAUACCAAAACAAUCAGCGUGCGAAUCAGCCUGAUGCAAACCGUCCUUCUCCUGGGUAUCAUCAUGUACUCGCUGGAUUCUUUCGGUGGCUCCAUGUCUCAGAAGCAAAUCACUUGGCAGGAGAUGCGCAAAGCGUUCCUUGACAAGGGACUGGUGCAGAAGCUGGUUGUUGUCAAUGGAUCACAGGUUCGUGUUGAUCUUCACCCCACAGCGGCUCAAGGCGACGACAAGAGGCAAUACGUCUUCACGAUUGGAUCUGUUGAAUCUUUCGAGAAGAAGCUGGAGGAAGCUCAGGACCAGCUCGGCAUUCCUCAGAGCGAGCGCAUCCCUGUCAGCUACGAGGCUGGCGGCAGCACGAUAGGCAAUAUCCUUCUGGCAUUUGGCCCUACGCUACUGUUCAUCGGCUUGAUUCUCUACACGCAGCGCUCUAUGGGAGGACGUGGUGGUGCUGGCGGCAUGUUCAACUUUGGCAAGAGCAAGGCCAAGAAGUUCAACGCCGAGAGCGCUGUCAAGGUUAAGUUUGCCGAUGUCGCCGGUCUCGAGGAGGCAAAGACGGAGAUUAUGGAGUUUGUUAGCUUCUUGAAGCAGCCGGAGAAGUUUGAGAAGCUAGGUGCCAAGAUUCCUCGUGGCGCUAUUCUUGCCGGUCCUCCUGGUACCGGUAAGACGCUACUCGCCAAGGCCACUGCCGGUGAAUCUGGUGUGCCAUUCUUCAGCGUCAGCGGAUCCGAAUUCGUCGAAAUGUUUGUUGGUGUCGGUCCUUCCAGAGUCCGUGAUCUGUUCGCUGAAGGCCGCAAGAAUGCCCCGUGCAUCAUCUUCAUUGACGAAAUCGACGCCAUCGGACGGGCUAGACAGGAUAGUGGCAAGGGUUUCGGAGGAAACGACGAGCGUGAAGCUACUCUGAACCAGAUUCUAACAGAAAUGGACGGUUUCAACACAAGAGAGCAAGUUGUCGUUCUUGCGGGUACCAACAGAGCCGAUGUCUUGGACAAGGCGCUGAUGCGUCCCGGUCGAUUCGACAGACAUAUUUACGUCGACCGCCCUACCAUGAGCGGACGCCAAGAAAUCUUCAAGGUUUACCUCAAGAAGAUUGUGACCAGCGAAGACAUUGAACACCUGGUCGGCCGUCUGUCUACCCUCACUCCCGGUUUCUCUGGUGCUGACAUCUCCAACGUGGUUAACGAAGCUGCCCUGAUUGCUGCCCGUGCCAACGCCGACGAGGUCAAGAUGGAGCACUUUGAGCGUGCCAUUGAGCGUGUCAUUGGUGGUCUGGAGCGCAAGUCUCUGGUACUCAAGCCUUUGGAGAAGAAGACUGUUGCAUACCAUGAGGCCGGCCACGCAAUCUGCGGUUGGUUCCUGCAGCAUGCCGAUCCUUUACUCAAGGUUUCCAUCAUUCCCCGCGGACAGGGCGCUUUGGGUUAUGCCCAGUACCUACCUCAGGACGCCUACCUCAUGAGCACAAAUCAGCUCAUGGACCGCAUGGCCAUGACCAUGGGUGGACGCGUUUCCGAGGAGCUGCACUUCCCGACUGUUACAACCGGAGCUAGCGACGACUUCAAGAAGGUCAGCCAAAUGGCACGCAGCAUGGUCACUCAGUGGGGCAUGUCCGAUCUUGUCGGCCCUGUUCACUUUGACAAUGAUCCCAACCGCAUGCACAAGCCCUUUGCUGAAUCUACAGCCCAGCAGAUCGACCAGGAGGUGCACAGAAUAGUCGAGGAGGCCUACAAGCGCUGCAAGGAUCUCCUGACGGAGAAGAAGAAGGAGGUUGGCCUCGUUGCGGAGGAGCUUCUCAAGAAGGAGAUGCUUGUGCGCGACGACAUGGUGCGCAUCCUGGGCAAGCGUCCCUUUGAGGACAAUGAAGACUUUGAAAAAUACUUUGGUGGCAGCAAGGAGGAGAGCGCGCCCCCGCCAUUCCCCAAUGACGGCGAGGCGCCUGCCCCUGGUGACUCGCCACAACCCUCGCCGGCUUUCAACGAGCUGUCGAGAUCAGAGCAGAGAAGGCUAUAA